AUGGGUAAGCAAUUAAGAAUUGCGGCUACCGCGGAAAAGUUUCGCAAUUAUCAUUGUCAACAUCGUCUCGUCUUAUGCGGUUGUUCUUAUAACCUUCUUGAUACUUAUUUGCAAUACUUAAGUCAAGAUGAUAAAGAAAAAUUAAAGGAACUUGGAAUUAUAAUUCAUUCACCCACAUUUAAAAGACGUUUAUUUAAUUAUCCAGGAUUUAUUAAAGUAUUGAAUAUAACACGAGUCGAAGUACAUAUAGUCAAUUGGGUAAACAAUCGUUUUAUUCCUAGACCAUUUCGAGGAAUCAAAUCAAAGAAAAUAACUUUUCUUGAAAAACAUGAGGAGCUUACAUUAAAUUCAUCUUUUGAUGAUUAUCGUUUAAGUCAUGAUGAACUCCAACCCUAUCUAACUUCCUUACCAUUAUCGUCUACAAUCAAACACCUCAAAAUUCAUAUUAAUUCAUCUAGACAAAGUUUAACAAAUUUGAUUCAAUCACAAUCCCAACUUUUAUCUCUUACGAUUUACAAUACACCAAUUUCUAUUGAACAUUUGUCCAAUUCGUUAAUUUCAAUCAAGUUUGAAAAUUGUAAUUUUGCAGAUACCAACUCAUUUGAUAGUUUUAAAUCCCUUAAACAACUUAGAUCACUUCAAUUUAUUAAUUGUAUAGGAUUAACAAUUCAAAAUUUUCAGCCACUUCUUAAUGAUCCUUCUCCAUUAAAGUUAAGAUCUUUAAAAGGUGUUGGGUUGUUCCCAGGAAUUGCCAUAUUAAUUCAAUUGGUCGGUCCUUAUUUGGAAUAUUUGGAAUUAACAUUUCUUGAAGAUCCUGCGAGGAACGUGGCUUUAGAGAGCAUUAUAAAACAUUGUCACAAGAUCAUAUUUUUAAGUUUAUCAUGUUUUGAUGAAAAGGAUGCUCAUUUAUGUAACAAGAUCAUUCACAUGAAUAAUCACUUAAGGUAUCUUACUAUUGAAAAAGAACCUUUUAGCUACAAUCGGACAGAUUCAGGUCUUUUAAAGAAAUUGAAAAUCUUACAAAAUAAAUUGGAUUACUUAAAUUUAAAAUUUACAUUUGAUCCGAAUGACUUGAAAUUAUUUUUGGAUAAUUGCAAUCAUCUUGUUGGUUUAAAGAAUUUAUUAGUUAGAAACGACAGUUGCUAUGAUGGUAUCGACACUUUUAAACUCUUGAAAAAAUUUGUAAAAGAAAAUAAGGUGAACAAUUUUGCUUAUCAAGUCGAAACGUUUUUUGAUCCUAAAAAUUCGAGACAUCAUUAUUUGGAGAGAUUGGCUGGUUAA